AUGCGCCUGACGCAGAGCAUGUGCACCAUCGCGGAGUGCGGCGCGGCCGGCGCCGAGGGCUGCCCCGCGGCCGGCGCCGCUCGCCCCCGCCUCGUCAAGAUCGCCGUGGUGGGGGGCAGCGGCGUGGGCAAGACAGCGCUGGUGGUGCGGUUCCUCACGAGGCGCUUCAUCGGCGACUACGAGCGCAACGCAGGUAAUCUCUACAGCAGACAUAUCCAGAUAGAUGGAGAGAUGUUGGCUAUUCAAGUGCAAGAUACUCCAGGAGUUCAGAUCCAUGAACACAGUCUGGAUUGUAAUGACCAGCUGAACAGAUGCAUUCGCUGGGCAGAUGCACUUGUGAUUGUCUUCUCCAUCACAGAUUAUAAGAGCUAUGAACUACUUAGUCACCUUUACCAUCACGUUCGACAGUUGCAUCCAGGAAACACAGUUCCUGUUGUCAUUGUAGCCAACAAAGCUGAUCUCUUGCAUAUUAAAGAGGUGGAGCCUCAGCAUGGACUUCAGCUGGCCAACAUGCUGGGCUGUACUUUCUAUGAAGUAUCUGUCAGUGAAAACUAUAACGAUGUCUUCAAUGCUUUCCAUGUCCUGUGUAAGGAAGUUAGCAAACAACAAACAACCAGCACUCCUGAGCGAAGAAGAACCUCUCUUAUUCCACGGCCCAAAUCCCCCAACAUGCAGGACCUGAAGAGGAGGUUUAAGCAAGCUUUGUCUGCUAAAGUGAGGACUGUCACUUCUGUUUAAAAGCAGAGCCAAGCGGAGGUUUUGGUCUUCCCAACAUUUUAGCCCAAGUUUGACACCUGGAAUGUUAAACACUGGCACUUCUAGAGUCCAAGGCAUUGGGGGUUUGGGGGGGAAGGUGGUUCAGGUAGCCUUCCGAAUGGCUGUAGAAACAAGAAACUGGCUAAAGAAGAUGGGAGGGGGGAACUCUUGGAAUGGUUCUGGGAGGUAAAUUAUGGAACAAGUUUCAUUUCCAAAUGAAAAUGCUUUCCAGUAAAUGAACUUUCAGUUUGUCUUUUCUCCAAUGGGACAGAUUUGGCUUAAAGUUCAUGCAGAAAAAAACUUUUAACUGUAACUCUCAACUUCUUGUACCUGAGCAGGGAAAUAGCCUGAACUGUAGUUCACUGUUCAGAAGUAACCACUUGAGUCUUACCGUGUUUUCACUUGGAUGAAGGACAGCAUGAUAUAUCUGUUUAAUUUUAUUGCACAGUAGAGCCAUUUAUUACGCAUGUAUUUCAAAACAAACAAGCAAACAUGAAAUUAUUCUAUAAAUGUAAAAUAAGUGGAUGUGACUGGGUAUCAAGACUGUAAACAAUGGUCCUUUAUUUUUUACUAGCUACAUUAUUGCUGACAAUUUGAGCAGACUCUUUGUAUGCAAAACUAUUGUCCACAGGGUGUAAAUGUAUCUAAUUGCAAGUGACUUGUGAGUGUUUUACUGUCUGAAAGUAAUAUUGUCCAGACUAAAUGAUCCAACACCGAGCUCUUGAGGAAUGAGCCCGGAGUUGAGUGAUAGUCCACUGUAGGUAGCAGCUGGUAUGAGACAUUUUUCUCCUUCUGUCACUCUACCAUGUAUGAUAGGCACAGAAAGAACUUGGCUGUAAUUCAGCUUUGAUGUGAAACAUGCUGCAGGCUGUAGGCAAUGAAGCUGGUUGAUUUGUUCUGAGCUGAGCCAGUUAUUGGUCAUCCUUAAACACGUAUGGCAGAUUUAUGUAUUUUUACAUUGAGCCAAUGGAGUUCACAGGCAAAAGGCCUUAUACACAUGCACUUUAAAAAGCCAGUUGUGCUUUUGUGUAAACUGUAACUUAUUUAUUUUGUGUAUAGUUACUCCUCAUAUGGAGCAGACUUUUCAUUCUUACUGCCUGUUUCAACAUUAAAUUUUUUGGAUUGCA